GAUAACCUAACUAAAAAUGGCUUACCUAUUAAUAUUUACUUUAAAGACCUGUAUUACCUUAAUAAUUAAUAACAGGUUAAGUGAUAUAAAAUAAAGAUUUACACCACAAUCCUCAUUGAUCUUAAGUUUAUCCAUUUAUAUUUAUGUUAUCUUCUGAUAACUGUUACCCUUAAGUAUUAUGUGUGAUAAAUAAUUUAUACAUAAUGGAUUUUUUCCAUUGUAAUAAUUGCUAUGUCCAACCUGGACCUCCCUUAAAUAAAAAGUUUUGGUUGACUAAUUGUGGCCAUUCUUUUUGUCAUGAUUGUAUUAAUACAAGUGACCCUAAAUGCAAAGCAUGUUUAAAUGACUGCAAGUACAUGGCUGUCAAUGAUAUGCCAGCAGAUUUGAAGCAGUUAUUUUCUGAUCCUGUUAAAGAACUCAAAAAAGCUGUCAAAAUUUUAUCAAUUCAGAAUAAGCAUUGCCAGAUAUAUAUGGAAGAAUAUGUUCCUAAAUUGGAAUCUAAAUAUGUGCAAGCCAAAAUGGUGGUUGAAAACAAUAAAACCUUUAUUGAAAGUGCUAAAAAGGCUAUAGAAAACAAAAAUGCAGAAAUACAGUUGCUACGCUCUCAAAUUGACAAAUUAAAAACAGAUCUUGAGAAUGAACGAAAAAAAAACUCAUGUUUACAUCAGCAACAGGGCAUGUCUUCUCCUACUUUAAUCAGCUCACCUAGUAGCUUUGGUUCUGGCUCUAAUCAGGAAGGAUUUUUCACCCCAAAAUCUGGACUCAAUACAAGUAGCAAAUUAGCACCUUUUAGUUUUAACUUCACGAAUAGACAGAAUAAUGCUUAUUCAACAUCAAGUCCUUUUGGUCCAGAAAAGAGAAAACUGACUGCUUUGGAGUUGUUAUUUAAAAACAAGGAAGCGUCUGUAAGAAAUAGUCCAGGUGAAAGAACACCUAGGACACCUGGAACAAGAAGUAAUCAGACAUUCAACAUGAGUAUUAAUGUCAAAAGUCCAGAUAGCUGCAACAGCGAUGAUUCUCAUGGAUCUUAUUCUGAUGCAAAGCGUAUGCCAUCACCAUUAGGAAUUAGAAUGAGGAAUAAUCAACGAUCACUGAAUGAAAUAAAUUCUCAAAGAAGAAACUCAGGGAUAAUGUCUGGUAUGUCAUCUCCAGCUUCAUUCAAAUCAGCAAAUAUUCAAAGGCCAUCAAGCGAACUGGGACGAAAGUUCUUUUAAUUAAGCAGGAUAUAACAAAUAAUCUUACUUCAAAAGACUAUGACUAUUUAAUCAAGAUUAAGAAUCAUUCAACUUAUAAAAUCAAAAGUAAAUCAAAUGAAAUUGUACAUUUAAUUUAUUAUAAAAAAUGUUAUUAAUACAAAUUUAUCGAUAUAAAUAAACCAUUUUUCAAUGUAUUCGUUUAUUUAUUUUCUUAAAAUCUGCAUUGUAGUUACAAGAAACAUAUUAAGUAGGUAAGAUAAAUCUUACCCUUUCAGAUUCACAAGAUGAUCACAGAUCACAAGAUUGGCUAUGUCAGAAUCACUAAAAUUGAUACAUAAUUAAAGUACAUACAUAUGUACCUAGUGAUGCCCCCUGCUUAAACCAAAUGACUGAUAGGUUUUGCCCCAAUUUUCCAAAAAUGUCAGCUUAGUUUUACAAAAUCAAGAAAAAGAGAGUAGAGGAAAUUUAAAUGUGGCUUUAAAUAGGCAGACAUUUAAAUGUGAGAAUCAAAUAAAUAUGGACAUAACGUUAUUUUUUAAAAACUGAAUUUCUAAAUAAUAUGCAGUAAUUAGAUAUACACAAAUAAAAUUUGCAGUGAGUAUUUUUGACAUAAUUCUAAAAUUGGCACACAAUUAACAUAUAAAUUUAUUAGUUACUGAAUUCAAAAUAUAACUGUUUAGUUAUAAAUAUGUAUAUAUGUAUAACAUAUUUACAUAGAAAGCACCAUCUAAAAAUAUAUUGUUAAAUAACAAUAAUUAAAUUCUUUUAUGUAAGAAUAUAGAAAACUUAUUGAAGAAUUUUUUUAACAACAGCCACUACAUCGGAUGGCCUAGGUAUUGCAGCAGCUUCCAAAUCUUUAGCAUAUGGCAUUGGCACAUCAGCUCCGGUAAUCCUGACCAUUGGUGCAUCAAGCUCAAAAAAUGCACUACUCUCCAUAACUCGUGCACAUAUUUCAGCACCAAUUCCAUGUUGUGGCCAACCUUGUUCAACAGUGAUGGCACGGUGUGUCUUCUUAAUAGAAUUACAGAUGGUUUCAGUGUCUAAUGGUCUCAAAGAUCUUAAAUUAAUAACUUCACAAGAAAUACCUUGUCCUUCUAGCUCAUUUGCAGCUUCAAGGGAUAUUUUGACUGCUCUGGAAUGUGCGAUUAAUGUCACAUGUUUUCCCUGUUUUUCAACUUUAGCUUUUCCAAUGGGUAGUACGAAAUCUUUCGAUAAUACUUCAUCUGAUACAGGGAAAUGAUCUCCAUAAAGAAUUUCAUUUUCCAAAAAAACUACUGGAUCUGGAUCCCUAAUUGCAGCUUUUAAAAGCCCUCUGCAAUCUUCACUACUGAAAGGGGAUAAAACUUUUAGUCCUGGGCAAUGUGCAUACCAAGCACCAAAACACUGUGAAUGUUGAGCUGCAACGCCACUAGCAGCUCCAUUAGGUCCACGAAAAACAACAGGAACAUGAAUAGUUCCUGCUGACAUGUAAAAUGUUUUUGCUGCGGAGUUUAUUACUUGGUCAAUUGCUUGCAUAGAAAAAUUGAAUGUCAUAAACUCACAGAUUGGUCGUAGACCUGCCAUUGCGGCUCCAACUGCGACCCCAGCAAAUCCCAUUUCUGUAAUUGGAGUAUCAAAAACCCUUUUGUCACCAUACUUCUUCCACAGACCUUUGGAUAUUUUAUAAGCACCAUCAUACUGAGCCACUUCUUCUCCCAUUAGAAAAACUCUUUCAUCCUUUUCAAGUUCCUCAUCUAAUGCAGAGUUUAAGGCAUCUCUAACAGUCAUAGUUUUUCCAGCACUUGCAGCUCUUCCCACCGAGAAGGAACGAUUUAAGACCUUAAGCACUUUUUGAGACUGCAUCAUCUUUAAUAAUUUUGGAAUUAAAAGAUGAACGAAUUAUAGUUUUCGAUAGUUUUCCUCCACCAAUUAACUAAUUUUAAAUUAUAAAAAUAAACUGAUAAAAAAAUUAAUAAAACAAUAAAGCUCAAAAGACUAACAGAAAGUAACUAAAUGUCAAUUGAACAACCUUAUGGUAGGUUUCAACUCAACCGAACAUCUGAUCAUGUGUAAGAUCAC